AUGGAAGUCCUGGAUCUCCUUGGUUUCGAUGUAAAUCCGUCAUUAAGUCAUUCCCAAAAGCAGCAUCGAGCCAACGAAAGGUCGAACCUGUUGGUAAUAUCGCGAGUAGUUCUUAAAAGUUUCUUAGAGACCAGCAUUAAAUUGGCACAUCGUGUUCUCGACGGAGAUAUUCAGCAGCUUUCUGAUUUAUUGAUGAUGCUGGAGAAGGUUUUGUGGCAUGGCUUCAAAGGUUGGCAUUCGCCAAAAUUUUUUUACGACGUUAUAGAAAAGUUCGAUACUGAAUACAUCACGCAGCGUACGCUGUUGGCUGUUCGCCCUGCAGACGCGGAGCUGUGGCGUUGUUUAACGCGGAUUUCCGCCUUACAUUCUGAAAUGAACGAAUGUGUUCGGUGUAUCAAUAACCUAGACAAUUUAUUGUAUGUUUACGGUUACGAUCUUUCUGGUAUGAGCAAGCAGUCUAACUCUGUGGGACACUUGUUAAAGACCUCGAUUGCUCGCGUUCGAGCAUUUUUGAGACUGGCAGUUAUGCAAAAAAAACUUAGUGACUACUUUUAUCAUAUUUUGUCUUCCAGCAUAUUGGAGAUUUGUUAUGAAGAUUGGGCUUUUAUACGCCACGAAGAGUCUGGGAUCUUAGCAGGGUCAUUAGUCGGUUUGUCUGUAAUUGACUGCAACUUGAUGUUAGACCAAACUUAUUUGCAAGAACAACCACCCUCCAUAGAUCUUUCCUCUUAUAUUCGCUUCCCGUCUUUGCUGUCACAAGAUGAGCAAGUGUCAAAGAUGUCUAGUGAAACAUCACCAAAAGAUCUGAAAAUUUUACUGGAUCAGAAGAGUUACUUAGAAGAACGAAAUCGUUACUUGGAGCAAUCUGUAGCGGUAUUAAAAACCAAAAUUGCUGGUUUUGAGGAUGCAUUGAUAAAAGCAGAAACGGAUGUUGGCAGCAUUGGAGAAAUAUCAACAGCAGGCAGAAAUGUGGUCGAGAAUCUUGAAAAAGAAAGGUUGAAUGCGCUUGUCGGUGAAAAUAAUGAUACAAUAAAUACUCUGCGGCAACAGCUUGCUGAUACAAAGAAGAUUAAUGAAGAUCUUUAUACGAAAAUUCGUAUGAUAGAAGAGAAGUGCAAGCUUUUCGAGGGCGAACUUAUUGGUCUGAAAGAGCGCCAUAUACAAGAGAAAGAAGAAUGGUUAGCAGCAAAUGAAGUACUGAAAUCUCGAAGUCUUGAAAGGGAAGCUGAAAUGGAAAGGAAUUCUAAUACGUUGGAUAUGCUAAAAAAUGAGUUGUUAAGUAAGACUGAUGAGUAUAUGCAGACACUGUCAGUAUUAAGUGACAAACAGAACGAGCUAAAUGAUGCUAAUCUCAAAAUAGAGAAAUUGCAGAAGCAAAACUUGUCUUUUGCGGAAAAAUUAAGAAGAAUACCUGUUUUGGAAGAGGAGUUAGCUGCAUUAAAAAUUAGUGAAGAAAAUCAGAGUAUGAAACUUGCUGAUUACGAAAAAGCUCUCGAAGAACUUGGAGGACACCUUUCUGAGUCGGGGUUGCGGAUUUUGGAGCUCAAGGAAGAGUUUUUGCCUUUUUCUGAGGCAGAGUGGCAAGAUGAUGCUGAAGUGGCUAAUUGUAAAGCGUGCAAUGCCUCUUUUUCUGUUAGUAGAAGGAAACAUCAUUGCAGGAGCUGUGGAAUGAUUUUCUGUAAUUCUUGUAGUGAUGGAAGGGUUAAACUUCCAUCGAAUCCUAAACCAACUCGACGGGUGGAUGAGUCCAAAGUGAAUACUUUUGUUGCUUGUUUCAAUGUUUCAACUGUUGGUUCUAUGAAUACUGAAGCCUAUAAAUUUAAUUUGAAACACAUGCGGUAUAUCUUCAGGGGCAUUCAUUUGGUUGCUUUAGUAAUCAUAGGUAAAUUGAGGUCGGCUUUGUGCAAUCCGUUAGGGCAAAAGAUAGUAACUAGGACAAUUCCGUCACCUAUAAGGAAGGUGAAGGAGACGUCGCUGUCUUCGCAUUUUGCUGUAGACAACGAGAAAUGUUGCUCAUUUCCAACUUCGACCGGUAGAUCUGCAGACGCUUUGUGGCGACGGGGUUGUAUGCUUGAGAGUUAG